AUGUUACGACAAUUCUGGAGUCAACAUCUCGACUGGGACACUGAGAUUGAUGCAGAGAACAGAAGUCAAUUUCUAGAAUGGAUGCAGCAGUUAAAUUUACUACGAGUCAUGAAGAUUCCUCGCUGGAUUUUUGGUGAGCAGCGGGAUGAGGAUUCUAUAUCCUUCCAUAUUUUUGUAGAUGCAAGCAAGGAUGCCUACGCCGCCGCUCUGUUUAUCAGAGUGCGAUCCAGAGCAGAAGUCAAGGUGCAUCUAGUUGAAGCAAAGUCAAGGGUAGCACCGCAAGGAAAGAAAACGAUACCCCGUCUCGAGUUACUGGCUGCUUCAAUCGGAGCAAGGAUGAUGCACUCCUUCGACAAAGCAAUGAAUUAUAAACAUAUUAAGAGAUAUUUCUGGAGCGAUUCAACGACCGUCUUGUCCUGGAUACGUCAAGAGAAGCAAUGGGCGGUAUUCGUGUGGAAUCGAGUCCAGGAAAUAAGGAAGCUUACUAAUCCAAAGUCCUGGAGAUAUGUGCCUGGAGCCCUAAAUCCGGCAGACUUGCCCUCCAGAGGCUGUAAUGCGAGGAAGCUUUUUGAGUCUAGAUGGUGGGAGGGCCCAGCAUGGCUAAAGUCACCACCCGAAGAAUGGCCAGCAGAAGAAGAAGAAGCACUAAUUAAUGAAGAACUUCGUAAAACUCCAACACAGUCAAAAAUUAAAGAAGAGACAUUUUCUGUGGUUGGGGGGAAUAUAGUUAUGAGUAACAUUACGAAGGACUCUACAGCACAAGGUGUUCCAUGGUAUUUACAAAGAUUUUCAUCGUAUUCCAAAGUUUUACGUCUGAUGGCAUGGAUGUCAAGGUUCAUCACAAAUUGCAAGAAGACACACACGAUCAAGGAUGAAGAGGUAACUGCGAAAGAAGUGAUUUCGGCUGAAUUGCUUUUGUGUCGAUUGGCACAGAAAGAAUCGUUCAAAGGAGCAAAAGAUCCGCGACUACUAAAACUGGACGUCUUUGAGGACUUUUACGCUCACGAACAGUGA